GCGUUUACAUGUUCACUUUCUCAAUCAAAUCCUGAAUAUUAAACACAAUACUUGCCAAACAUCAAACUUCAGCUUGUCAACGCAAGGUUGUCCACAUUAAACCCAUGCAAAUGUUAGAAAAUAAUAUUAAGUGGUACAAGGUAGCCUAGCUGUUUUCGCGUAGUUUUUUUCCUAAUCAUGACGGUGCGGCGCUGGCGGUGUUUAUGACGUAUUUUCUUUGACAUAGCUGUUAUGACGUGAGGUUUCAUAUUAGCCUACCCGUCUGAGGUUUUUGGAAAUGUCAUUACAGGCCUAAAUCAUCAUGGUGGAGGGUCGAACAAUUAAUGUAAUCAUAGGCCUACUGUACCUGCAAAAAUGGAGGACAGACCAACUCUGAGCGAUAUUAAUAUAUCGGACAACCUCAACUGGCACGACCGAGCUCCUCAAGUUGUACAAUGUGUUCUGAGGAAAAUUGGCGAUACCGAAUUGACAAGAGCUAGACGGUACAUAGAAGAAGAAGUGGGAAUUGUGCUGACCAGAGUAAAUGCAUCGUUGUAUAGCUUGCGCUUGGCAAAUGCUGUACUAGAAGAGGAAAAUGGAAAAAUUGUGUCCUCGUCUGAUCCAAACGAGAGAGACCGGCGUAAUGAGAAGCUUGAAGAUAUUCAGAAUUUCCUGAAGGCCUCCCUUGAGACAAGAACUGACCUCGCCAUUGUCUUGGAGCAUCUACAAGGCAUCAACGAGGACUUCAUGGGGCUGGAGGAGGAUAAGACAUUUAAGGAGGUUAGAAACAUCACAGGUGCAUGGAUAGAAAUGAAGGACGCAGAGGUCUGGAGGUCCAUGUCAAAUAUUGAAUCUGGUGUCCUGCGUAUUCGCCAUCUGUGCAACCGUUUCUUUAACUUGAAGACAAAGAAAGCUACAAAAGGGAAGAAUGCAGGCAAGAAGGUAGCUGAUGUAUGGUGCUGGUGGAGGGAGACCCGUGUGGAUGCACGCAUGUUGCUGAAAAUCCAGGAGCUGCAGCCUCCCUCGACUGAGCGCAUGCUGCAUGAUACCCAGUUGGGUAACAAGGCUGCCUCGGACCUUUCUUUCAUGCUGGAAGACAUGGCCAAGUCGUUUGCGCAUAACAAAGCCAUGAACGUGGCUUUCCAGUUUGCGCAGACAGGCUUGAGUAACCUUAGCCGUGCACUAAAAGAACAGUCGCAGGAGAUUCAAACUCUCCGGAAUGAGGUGGACAGGCUACAGUCUCAGGAGACGCAGGCCCAAAUGGACCGGCUUCGCAAUAAGCUCAACGCGGCGAACGAGAAGACGACCCAGCUGACACAGGAGAACAACACUCUUAAGGGAAACAAUGCACGGCUCCUCAAACAGUGCGAGGAGCUGAAGAACCACGCCCCUGUCGAAGUAGAAUAUAUCGUGGAUACCCAGGUCUAUGAACCGGCUCCAACACCAGCACCGGCACCAGCGCCAGCCAAGGCCGAUAAGAGGUGGAAGUCUAUCAUGGAUAAAGUGAAGGCCGAGCCAAAACCGGCACCUCAAAUUAUUUAUGUGGAAAAGACGAGGAGUGAGAGGAAGAGUGAUGAGCCGGCGGCUAGCCCACAGGUGGUGGAGGAGAUGCCCGAGUCACCUGUGGCGCCUGUGGCAGAGGAGGUCAUUGUCUUUGAAGAGGUGGAAAAGGAAAGCAAAAGGCUGCUCGGCACCUUCCAGAGCUAUGUUUCUGAACUCAUGAAAAACUGCCUGGAGAAUAAUAUGCCAGCUCAAAUGAAGAAAAUGGACCAGGAUGCCCAUAAGGCCAAUGAUGCCAUGCAGCUCUACCACACUCUGCAAAACACCCUUCGUGCUACUUUUGAAGAGAUCAUCUCCAACCUGAACGUCAGCUUCUCCACAGGUAUGCUAGAUCUGCCUGUAAUGGAUGAACAUCUGAAGACGUCUGAGUAUUUUGACAACACAGCCACACCGAGACAGAUGCUGCAGGACAUCCAAAAGUCAAUGAAGACACGUGAUGAAGAUUUUGAGAAUAUGUCUGAGCGUAUGCAGAACCUUCGGAGGGAUUCGUUGGAAGAGGCCGAAGAUGUUUUUAAUCAGCUGCAGAGCAUCCAUAACAAAGGUAAAGAGCAGUCCUGCAAGAUGCGUCUGGUCUGGGAGAAUCUGGCGGAUGCUUGCAACGAUGUGCAGCCCAAACCUAAGGCCAAAGUUGAGACAAAAAAACCUGAGUCCAAAGUUGAGACAAAAAUUCAGCAACCUCAAAAAGCCCUCAAAAGUCCUCAAAAGCAUCCCUUGCCCCCAUUACCACCUGUCCCUGAGAAAACCAAGAUUAGACAGCUCAGUCAGAAAGAAGAAGCGCCACCUGAUAUGCUCGGGAGAGUGGGAAAGACUCGAGUUGUAAAAAUCAACACCCAGCAACCUCUUGAAAUGCCGCAGAUUCAUGUCAAGCCGUUCCGAGAACUUCUGAUGCGUUACGAACAAGAAAUGGUGUCAGAGGGGGAGGCGAUUAUGAGAGGGGAGAUGAGUGGAGGUGAAUACCAGUUGAGCAUGGCAUCCCAGAUGACCAAUCUGAGAAUCUUGCACCAGGCUCUUCUCAAUAAGGACAUAUCUACAGAGUUAUACUGCCUUGCCAAAGGUCUCAUCAAGUGCAGCCUGAGUGUUAAUGAAAUGAGACUCACUUGCCUUAUGCGGAAGUUCAUUGCCUAUCGUGCCCUGCUGCAAAUCAGGAGCAAUCUAAACGUCCGGGUUAUUUCCGCCCGUGAGUAUAAUGAUGGACCAGAACUGAGAGACCUUUAUAUCUUCCUGACUAAAAUGGAGUGGUAUAAGAACUCAGUGAUGCAGCGCUGGAGAGUGAAGCAAAUGACCAUUGAGGACAAGCGCCGUACCUGUUUGGCCAAAAUGCACUAUUUGUUUGGACAGUUUGAACUGGAUUUAGGUGUGAACCUUGUGAAACCUUAUGCCUGUGCUGACAAAUCCCAAGUGCAGCCAUUUCCAACCAUAAAACCCCAAAUGACUUUGAAUGUUAGCCGUUCCCAACGUCAUUCCCAACAACGUAUCACACCUUGCUGGACCAAGCCAGAACUGGGUACUCUGCCCCAGCCACUUGUGAGGGAGCUGAACAAACCAAAGGCUACUACCACAUGGAGUUUCAACAUUACCAUGGACAACAUGCAGCUGGCCAGCAAGUGCCCAGUGAUGCUUGGUGUACCACCAACAACAUUCCCACGCAUUCUCGAGAUGGACAUCUCUCACAGCAGACAGAGAGCUCUUCGUAUAGCACAGGCUAGGGUAAUGACCCCAGUGCUGUCAAGAGGAGACAUGUAAAGAGCCUGUGUUUUCUACAAAUCUAUUUUAAUACAGC